UCAGUAACUAUAGAGGAACCAGCUGUCCGUGUGUGGCGGUGGAGGACAGUCUGUGGCAUGACUGUAAGUUGUUGGACUUAAGUUUGGCAUUAGAAGUCUCCGCGCUGGAACGCGCGCGUAUGGGAGAUUGUUACAGGGAGAUUGGUGCGCAAAGAUGCUGAUACUUCUCAUUGUACUGUCAGUUGUGGUCGUCGCACAGGACCACAGCAUUUUCGACGGAACCUGCCCCAGAAAAGACCCCCCAGCUGGUGUGCUGGUGUUAUCGCCGGGCAGUAACUUGGUUCUCACUUGCAAAGGUCAUGUAAUGGUGGACGGAGUAAAGGUCAACACUGAUAACAACUCAAGCAUCACUGGGAAAGAGAGUUCCUCAGUUGCAUCCACAGACGCUGGAAACGCGAUAAACAAUCACCAAGUCACAUACAGCUCUGAAAAAGAAGGAUUUCACACGAAUCCUGAGGCAGAAAAUAAGAGUCUCAGAUUCACGGAUACGGCACACACAGAUUCUCCCACCACUCACAUGGUCCAGCCAACCAGUGCAGGAAGACUUCUGAAGAGCGAGUAUGACUUGGAGGUAGAUGAAGACGGGGAUUAUGAGGAGGACGAGGAGCAAGAUUUGGAUGAAGGGAGAACAAGAGUAACAAGAGGCAUAAAAUCAAAGCUUCAGUGGAAGUGGAACGGGAAGACAGUGGAGACGGGAGUGAGAAACCAGAGUGAAAUCACACUUGAGAGAAGAGGGGCUUCACUGUCUCUGUCGGCAGUGAGAGUGACAGACACUGGGAGAUACUCCUGUCAUCACAAAGGCAGAGAGAAGUUCUCCUUGAAGGUGUUAGUUUCAGACCCUCCUGAACGGCCCACUCUGUCCUGCUACAAGAAAACACCAACCAGUAAGAUCCGCUGUGAGUGGAAGCCUCAGCUGCCUGUGAUCAAACAGAUGAGCUCUUACCUCAUACUGAAGAAAAGCCUGUCAGAGACGUUCCAUCAGUCGCAGUGCUCAUACUCAGGACAGCGCUCUCGCUUUUGGUGCGCUCUGGACCAGAACGAGGACGAGCUGCGAGUGCUGCACAUGGCCUACCUGUGUGUUUCCAGUAUCACAGGCCAAGUCGCCAGCCCCCUGCUGCCUUUCACACCGAUGGACAUUGUAAAGCCAGACCCUCCGUCAGAUGUGACAGCCACACAGGAGGAAGGACAUGAGAUGAGGAUAAAGGUCGCCUGGAAUUUUCCGGCCUCCUGGAAGCUUCAGGACAGAUUUUAUCAUCUAAUCUAUGAGGUCAAAUACAGGCUGCUCGAGUCGCCAUUUACUGAUGGCCAGGUGAAAAGGAUUAAGCGUCUGCAUUCACACACCAUCACCGAUGCAAUUCCUGGUGUUCAGUACCUGAUCUGGCUCAGAACUAAGGAAGAGUAUGAAGGUCAGUGGAGUGACUGGACUUCACCUCUCAGUGCCAGCAGCUGGACAGCUCCAAAGAUCAGUGACGAGCUGAUGACCACAAUGUUCCCAGAAUCCAUGGAGGAAGGGUCUGCAACAGAAGACGACGUGUCUGAUGUUCCUGGACACGUCAUUAGUGGAGUGGAGGUGUCGCACCACGUCCUGUGGAUGUGUGGUUCAUUUCUUCUCUUGUCAGUCCUUUUGGCUGUCUACAUGUUCAGACACAAAGACAGACUCAUACAUAAACUCUGCUGUUUGAGUGCCAUCGUCCAGUCUGCUGACUCGCCUCAACCUGCAGCUUCCACCCAAUCUGCACCAGAGGGACGGGCCCUGGUGACUUUUACCCCACCGUGUCACAAAGAACCCCCGCCUACAGAAGCAGAAGAAGGGGAAGAAGAAAAUGAGGAAGAAGAAGAAGAAGACGAAAUAGAGGAGAGAACAGGAGCUAUGCAUUUCAGCAACACAGGUUAUUUCUGGAUCCUGAGGGAGUAAUGACACAAAAAAGGGUCAAAAACAUGCAAGAACAUUUUGUCUUUGUAUGGUUGGAUUAUUGUUGGUUUUCUUUCACUUCAGAACAACUGUCUUGGUUGAGAAGAGAAACUGUACUUAGAGUCCUUAUGGUUCCACGUGAACUAUUGGAAACCAACUCAGGGACAACUUGAAAAAUCUGCUUUCUCUAACUCUAUCUCAUCAUUCCCAGAGACUGGAAUUUUCAGGAUAUCCUGCAGCCUUUUUACUAAAUGUAUAUCUUGAAUUGCAGUAAAUGUAUAUAAAUGUAUGAAACACUGUCUAUCUAUCUCACACCUAAAAUACCUCUGAAAAGACUCUCUUGUUGAUGUAUUUUGUCUGAACUGUUCUGUCUCCUGUGCGUUCUUACUGAAAAUGUGUUGAUAAACAAUGACACUUGGAUGCAGCUGUGAAGUUCUGCCGUCUGCCUGCCUCGUAUACACUUAUGUCAUGAGUUAUAUCACUCACACUCUGUCCUACGUUUGCAAAUAUUCUUCACUAUGUUUAAUUUUUAUUACCCUACCAUUGUAUAUUGUUUUACUCUCCUUGUUUUGCGUGCUGUACUGUUGUUGUAUCUAUGAGGUGACCUGGAGUAUCCUGCAAAACUCAGGUAAAAAAUAAUAAAAACUAGUAAUAGAUUUUUCAAAAUGAA